AUGGAUUCUUUCUGUGGUAAACUGUUGACGUCAAUCUUCAUUCUACCGUUUACAGCUGGACAUACUCGACGACAGCGAAAUGGAUCCUGGUAUUAUGAUUGUACCAUUACAUCGCGUGUUUUGUUCCUGAUCGUUCUUGCCAUUGUGAUAGUCUUUACCGCCAGCAAAGGAAUACACACGCAAGCGGAAGAUCGAUUAGGGAUCGUCGUUAUUCUUCUAUCCUUAUUCUUAGUUUCGGCGAUGACUGGAAUUUACAUUCUUGGCUACAUUGUACGGAGGAAUGGCGUUGAAUCCGUGGUUAAUUCAAGACGAAAUAGUGCUUCCCAGAAACUGCAGGUGAUUUUCUUGUGGGGAUUUGGUCUGGCGUCUGGAUUGUAUUGUGCGUUAUUCGUCGGCAAACAGAUCGAGUGUUUUGUUACAUCAACAGAUGGAUUUUAUUGGAGGGCUUUGUUUUGUUUUAACAUCUUUCUGAUUAUAUGUCUUUUCUCAGAGAUGAUAUUUAUCACGUACUUUUCAUCAUUCGUAUUGAAACAUACUCUCUUAGUGAAUUAUAUCACGUUUUUAAUUUUAACUACAAAUACAUCUGUUAUAUUCUACAUUUACAUUAUGCAUGAUACUCUGUCAUAUUUGCAAGAAAUCAGCCCUGAAGACCAAUUUCUUUCCUGUUUACAAAACAAUAGCACAGUAACAGUUUUUAAGGUAAAAGUAAAACAACUUCUUAACCAAACAAGUGUGGAGUACUCUCUUCUGUCAAUCACGAUUGUUCUUGAAAUAUGGUCUCCCACGACAAAAAACAAUCCAGAAAGUGAUAGAAGUUAUCCUAGACAUGUGGAGAGUAGUGACACGGACAUAGUAGAGACGAUGCCACUGCUUGAUGACGUCACUUCCACCAGUCCUUCAAAGUCCGGAAACAGAAGCAAAAGGACUGUGUGUCAGAUGGUAACACUGGCAGUGAGUUUAACGACGGGAAUUGGACUUGUUGUUUGUUACAUAAUGAUGGCUACGGAUAUAGGAAACACCGAAACUGUUAGAUUGGUCACUGAAAUGUAUUCAUUUAUCUUGAAAUGUAUCAUGACGCUUGCGCUUUUUUCCGGAUUCUUUUGUUUAAUCAAUUACUGCAGUCCCAAUGGUUCACCAACUGGUUUGAAGCUCAGAGAAUAUGUGUAUCUGCUGUCUGCUUUUGGAAUUUUUAUUGCUCACACAUCCAAAAUGAUCGCCGGUGACUUGUCGUCCGAUUACCUAGCGAAACUUGUUUUAUCUGAAAGUGUCUGCGGUAUGUUUCAAGAUUAUCUUCAAGUUGUCUUUUUACUCUGUGCUAAUCGAUGUAGGAAGUUCUAUCCUCGAUCAAACGUAAAUUUGCUCGAAUCAGUUCUAAUCUUUAUCAUGGUCUGUAACUUUAUCCUGUGGGUAAACGACAGCUUUCUGCUACCUGAGUUUACAAGUACCCGGAUAAUGAAACAAGGUGACCUUCCUAAAGAAAUCAGUUUGAUAGAAUAUGAUUUGUUAUUACCGGUGUCUGUAUUCUUCAGAUUUACAUCUUUUAUGGAAUACCAUGCAACUUUCGAUAAGUUCACGAUGUAA